AAAUGAUGGUAUAGGCAAUCCUGGGGUUAAAGAAUUUCUGAUGUUCUUCAUCCAAAAUAAUAACUUGAAAAAAAAAAUCAUGAAGUGUUGGUACUACCGGAGGUCGAGCAAAUCCCAGAAGGGUCCCGCCCUCGUCGAGCAAAUCCUUGAAUAGACGCUCUCCAUGCAUUGCCUUACUUUUCAAAGCUCUUCCCCAUUAUAAAUACAUCGCCAGCAUCAGCAUUGUCCUCAGAGUCUCUCUCUCCUUUGUCUCUCUUACGAAGUCACACUAGCCUUUUCCCAAAACCCUUUCCAAUGGCUCCUGCAGGAAUUUCCUUCGAUGUUGAAAAGCUCCUCUUUAUGGGUCUCUACUUUUUCGUGAUUGUUGCGAUCUUCGGCGACGGCCCUUGGGUCACUGUGGCUCAAAGCAGUAACAACAACAAUGCCACGACGAUCCCGGUGAACGUUGGGGUGGUGCUUGAUCUCGAGACGUGGGUGGGUCAGAUGGGAUUGAGCUGCAUUAACAUGUCUCUCGCUGACUUUUAUAGUUCAAACCCUUCCUGCAAGACCAGGCUCGUCCUCAACGUUAGAGACUCCAAACAAGAUGAGGUUGCUGCUGCCGCUGCAGCACUCGAUCUCAUAAAGAACAAGCAAGUCCAAGCCAUAAUAGGCCCUGAAGGUUCCGUGCAAGCAGACUUCAUCAUUGACCUUGGAAACAAGUCUCAUGUGCCCAUCAUCUCUUUUUCUGCUACUAGUCCUUCCCUCAGUUCGAUUCGGAGUCCUUACUUCAUUCGAGCCGCACAAAAUGACUCGUCCCAAGUGAAUGCCAUAAGCGCAGUCGUCCAAGCUUUUGGCUGGAAAGAAUCGGUCCUCAUAUAUGUGGAUAAUCAGUUUGGUGAAGGCAUCAUACCUUCUCUUACUGAUGCUUUGGAAGAAAUCGACACACGAGUGCCCUAUAGGAGCCUUAUUCCCCCCUCGGCCACGGAUGAUCAAAUCAUGCAGGAACUCUACAAGUUAAUGAUGAUGCAAACAAGGGUGUUCAUCGUGCACAUGCUACCUACUCUCGGUUCGCGGCUAUUUGCCAAAGCAAAAGAGGUGGGAAUGAUGAGGGAAGGUUAUGUGUGGAUUUUGACUAAUGGAAUCACUGACCUAUUGAAUUCGGUGGAUUCAUCUGUUGUCGCUAGUUCGAUGCAAGGAGUACUGGGCAUUAAGACUUAUAUCCCGGACCCGCCAAACCUGGACAACUUCAUUGUCCGAUGGAAGAUGAAAUUCCAACAAAACAAUCCAUCCAUCCUUAAUCCUACAUUGAACAUUUUCGGAUACUGGGCUUAUGAUGCUGCUCAAGCUCUGGCAAUGGUUGUCGAGGAAAUGGGUGCAGCCAAUUUUACCUUCAAGAUGUUGAAGGCUUCGACAGAUGCAACGGAUCUCGACACUAUUGGGGUGUCUCAAAAUGGUCAGAAACUUCUCCAAGGACUAGUAAAUACGACAUUCAUGGGCCUCGCUGGAAAUUUUAGCCUCAUUGAUGGGCAGCUAGAGUCGUCAGCAUUCGAGAUUGUUAACAUCAAUGGAAAUGCAGCAAGAGGGAUUGGGUUUUGGACGCUAGAAAAUGGGCUGCUAAGAGAUUUGAGUUCAUUCAACACAAGCAAAUAUUCCACUUUCAAGAGUAAUCUCCAAUCAAUAAUAUGGCCAGGAGAUUCAACCUCUGUUCCUAAGGGUUGGGAGAUUCCCACAAAUGGGAAGAGGUUGAAAAUCUUAGUUCCCGUGAAGGAUGGUUUUAAUCAAUUCGUGAAGGUGACUCGAGAUCCCAGCACGAAUACAUCCCAAGUCACAGGAUACUGUAUUGACAUCUUUCAAGCUGUCAUGGAAAAAUUGCCUUAUGUUGUGGCUUACGACCUUAUUCCAUUUGCUUUGCCUAAUGGAAAUAGCGCCGGCAGUUACAAUGACAUGAUCGAUCAAGUAUUUUACUUGAAUUAUGAUGCAGUGGUGGGUGAUACGACGAUCAUAGCAAACAGAUCAUUGUAUGUGGAUUUCACCUUACCAUACACCGAAUCGGGGGGUGCAAUGCUCGUGCCGUACAAGGACAACAACAGCAAGAAUGCUUGGGUUUUCUUGAAGCCACUCACUUGGGAUCUUUGGCUAAUCACUGUAUGCUUCUUUGUGUUUAUAGCAUUGGUUGUGUGGAUUCUCGAACAUCGGAUUAACGAAGAUUUCAGGGGUCCGGCCACGCAUCAAGUUGGCACGAGCUUCUGGUUCUCCUUCUCAACCGUGGUCUUUGCACAAAGGGAGAGAGUACUUAGCAACUUAGCAAGAUUUGUUGUGAUCGUGUGGGUUUUUGUGGUACUUAUACUAACGCAAAGUUAUACAGCAAGCUUGAGCUCUCUUUUGGUGGUGCAAAAUCUUCAACCAACUGUGACUGAUGUAGAUCAACUCCUAAAGAGUGGAGAAAACGUGGGCUACCAGCACGGCUCUUUUGUUUAUGGAAUGCUAAAGCAAAUGAAGUUCGAUGAUUCCAGACUUAUAUCUUAUCAGUCUCCUGAAGAAUGCAAUGCGCUUCUUUCCAAUAGAAGCGCAAAGGGCGGGAUCGCAGCAGCUUUCCACGAAGUCCCCUACCUUAAACUUAUUCUUUCGCAAUAUUGCAACAAAUAUACCAUGAUUCCAGCAUUUAAAACUGCUGGAUUUGGCUUCGUUUUUCCCAAAGGGUCUCCGUUGGUACCGGAUAUUUCACGAGCAAUCCUCAAUGUGACUGAAGGGCCUAAAAUGACGGAAAUUGAAAACGCGUGGCUUACAUUGAAAAGUAACUGCCAGAAUUCAAACUCCUUAGUUUCUUCGAACAGCUUGGGUCUUGAUAGUUUCUGGGGCCUAUUCUUGAUUGCUGGAGCUUCUGCAUUUUCUGCUCUCCUCAUUUUCAUGGUCAUGUUCAUCAAAAGAAAUUGGCAUGAUGUAAUAAGUUCUUCAGGUUCAUUGUGGGAGAAGACUGUUGAAUUAGGAAGAAGAUUUUACCAAAGAGAUGUCAAUUCUCAUACUUUUAGGAAGGACAGAUUUAGAGAUAGAGGCAUGGACGAUUGUGGCAAUGAGAUUGCAGCUGUUGAAACUUUCGAAAACACUCAUUUCCCUUCGAGUUCAUCAUGUGACUCCAGCCUUAACAACGAUGUUUUGAUCAAUGAGCAAGGCACACCAUCUGCUGAUCAAGGACUUCCUAAUCGUGUAGACGAAGGGUGCCUCGAGAGAGCGAUAGACGCUGAGCUUACCAAUGUAAAUUAAGAGAGGUACAUGCCUCAUACUAAACAUGAAUCCUUGAAUAGUUGAAUUUGGUACAGAUGAUAAUAUCGUCUCCCUCAUUAUCUUCUCAUGUAAGGACUUCGAUUGAUACCAUAUAAACCCAGGUGACACUA